AUGGGUCGAUGGGGAUACCGCCUCUUUGAGGGCGAUAUGGACAUCGACCUUGCGUUCGAUCUAGUCUCAAGUCUUGGAGUCAACACCAAGAAAUGGGAAUACCGCCCCGCCCAAACCGUCAACCAAACUGACAUGCUCGCCCCACAAGACGCCCUCGCCCGCUACAAGACCGCGGACUAUGCCAAGCAUCUAGCCGAUGUGAUCAUUCCCUCUGUCCGUGCCAAUUUCGACAAGAACAAUCUUGGCGAGCGUCUCAAGGCCAAGUCUCGAACCAAAGAGGGUAAACUAAAUUGGGACAACCUCACCUCCGGCGAGUACAAGACCAUCAUUUUUGGUGCGCUCCUCAUGGGUGUUGGAGCCAAGAUCAAGGAAAAGGAUCUUCAGCAUUUCCGGGACUUGGUCCCUCAGGUUGUCUGUAUUCCUGGAACGACCUGGGCCCUUGAGGAUACUGGUUUCCGCAGCCCGGGUCAGGCUCAGUUCCUUGCUGCUCUUGACGCAUAUGAGCCUGGCAAGCCGCGUAAAUCUUUUACGGAAUAUCCUUACGAUGCAUUCGGAAUAUCAAACCCAAAGGUAUGGAACCUUUGA